AUGACUUGGAUCUUCUUUGUGGGGCUGAUGAUCUCCUUGCAUGGGGUGUCUGGCCUCGGGGGAAGUCCCCUUCUUCUCCCAUUCUUUGUGUAUUUGCCGAUGAUCAUAUUUUUCAUGGUCUUCUUUUUUGGGCAGCAGCUUUCUUUCGGGCUAUGGUCUCCGUCUGUUUGGAUAGACAGGUUGUGCAUCCAUCAGACCGAUCUUGAGCUGAAAGCCGAGCAAAUCAAGUCCGUGCCCACCUUUGUCGCGCGCGCUUCCCGCAUGCUCAUCCUUUGUGAUGUGUCUUACUUUGAAAGGUUGUGGUGCAAUCUAGAGCUCGGCACUUUCGCUCGGCUUGGAGGUGUGGAGAAGUUUGAUGUACUGCCUUUGUGGCUUGCUCCCUGGCUGCUGUGCUGCAUGUUGCUGGAGCUUCUCAGUGCCAGUUUGAUGGAUAUUUCGCAGCAUGUGUUCCCCAGUUGGAUGACAGCUUGGGACUCGCGUGUUAUGGGACUGGCCGCGACACUUGUGGGAGACAAUCCGACGAUAUUGAAGGGUAUUGGUUGGUUUGUAGUUUGCAUGAUCUCAUCACUCUCCACGCUCCCGGCUUCUAUACCCAGCUUCUUCUCCUUCCGCAUGAAGAUUCGGCAUCACCAGCUUGUUUUGGAUCAAAUGGCAGACUUCGACGUGCGGGCAGCAAAUUGCUCUGAGCCGUCGGACCGUAGUGCCAUUGAGAAGCAUCUGCAGGAAGUUUUUGGCGAGCAGGACUUGCCCACUCUCGGUUCUACGGUAGAUGAAGGGGAGCUGAUUGUUCAGCGCUUUGAGGCCGACGAGGACCCGCUGGAUCGCUUCAAUGCCUACGUUCGAGGUGUCCUUCGUGACAUUGUCAUGACCCAGAUCGGCGAUGAAGUCCAUGUAGCGUGGCCGCUGUGUCUCAUCACCUGUUUACCUAUGAUCUUGUAUGCCUCCGUGGACGUGCUGGGUUGCGAUUACGGCUCCUGUGAGGAAUCUGCACGGACGGCAGGUUUUUCUUCGACGUCCCUGUACCUCUUGUGCAACACAUUGGUUUGGGCACUCGGCAUCCUGUUGACAUUCCCACUUACUUAUCCAGUCAUGCUGCGGAUGCUGAAGUUUGUUCUGUCCUUCGGUGAUGGUCCAAUGCAGCGCUUUGCCGCCUUCUUGUGCUGCUUCCUGGCAUAUGAAUACGCCUAUAUGUGUGGCGGCUUGAUCUGGGGGUCACUUCUUCCUGCUGUGCAGGACCCCUCACCAACUCAGCUUACAGUUUUCCUUUUGGUGAUGCUUUUCUUGGUCCUCCAGGGCAUGUGCUUGUUUUACAGACGGGAAAGGCAAGGCCAGGAAACCGUAUCAUCUUGCCGCUGUGUCAAACGACAGGUCGCGACUUAUCAGUCACUGGACGCCGUAAGUGCCUUGCCUCCGGCCUCCAACAGCCCUGCAACCUGA